AUGAAGUUCUUUUCUUACUGGUGGUUUCCCGUCAUUUCGGGUUUGAUGUGGCUAGCGACCCUUCUAGGUCUGCUGCUACACUGGAUUAUUGAUACCCAUAGAACGCAUUAUUCGUCCAUGGGAGACUCGCAGCGCAUUGCCUACAUUUCAGACGUCGGUGCCGCGGAAUUGAAGCCCUUGUUCGUGGUUGGGUGUUGCAUUACAACCAUCUUCUUGGAUCUGUCUUUUGCGACCGACAGAUGGCUGCGACACAAGGGGCGUCUGGUUCCCAACACAACCAUCGGCGAAAAGAUUCUUUCGGGUCUCACCAUCUUCUUCGCCCUCGUCGGCACCGUUGGACUUUGCUUCCUCUCUGGAUUUGACACUGCCCAUUAUCCCAAGUUGCACGACAUUUUUCUCUUGCUUUUUAUUGCCGGAUACCUACUCUCGGCCAUCUUUAUCUGCUGGGAAUACCAACGCCUGGGAAUCAGAAACCGCGAACACCGCGUUCUUCGCAUUUCCUUCUGGGUCAAGCUCGUCUUUGUCCUUGUCGAACUGGUUCUUGCCAUCGCCUUCGCCGUUACGAACUUUAGAAAGAACUACAAUGUGGCUGCCAUUUUGGAAUGGGUGAUUGCAUUUGUCUUCUCCUUCUACGUCUUUUCGUUCUUCAUCGACCUGUGGCCAGCCGUCAAGACCAAGCGCGGCAUGGGCUUCAAGACUGCCGGUAUGGCCGAGCAUUCGCCAAACCAAAUGGAGGAGAACUACCACCACUCCGGUAGCAACCUCUCCGGCAACCCGCGAUACACGGAGGACAGCACACGACCAAUGAACAACGGAUAUCAACCACGCGGCGCGAACUUUUAG